GACUCGACCGUGAUGUCCUUUGUCAUGUGGACCGGCGUGCUCAUUGCUCUGCUGCUGUGCCUGCCCGGGCCGAGGCAAGGCUGGUCCACGGUGCGCGCGAUGCUGACGCCCCUGCUCGGGACGUUGCUGGUGGUCCAGGCCCAGUGUUGGAUGAUGCUGGCCCUGACCUUUCAGAACAUCAACCCCUCCCUGGAGAGCAGCGGUGCACAGAUGGCGCUGGACGAGGACCGAUGGAGCAGCUUCUGGCUGCUUGUGGCCAAUUGCUUGUCCAUCUUCUCGGCGGAGAUUACUCGGCAGCAGGGCUGUUCGCUGGAGGCGUCCUCAAACCUGCAGGAAGAGGAGAAUAUGUUGGCCCCUCGGCAAGGGGCGCAAGAGGCGUAA